AUGCCCUCAGUGUGGCUUAACAUGUCAACCUGCCCAUUUCUGCUCACUGGCUUCCCAGGUCUGGAGAAAGCCCAUCACCUGAUAUCUCUCCCACUGCUGAUGGCCUAUAUCUCCAUACUUUUUGGCAAUGGCACCCUUCUUUUUCUCAUUAAGGAUGACCACAACCUCCAUGAGCCCAUGUACUAUUUCUUAGCUAUGCUGGCAGCUACAGAUCUUGGAGUAACAUUGACCACCAUGCCCACAGUGCUGGGUGUACUGUGGUUAAAUCACAGGGAGAUCGGCCAUGGAGCCUGCUUCUCUCAGUCCUACUUUAUCCACACGCUCUCUAUUGUAGAGUCAGGGGUCUUGCUUGCAAUGGCCUAUGACCGUUUCAUUGCCAUUAGAAACCCAUUAAGAUAUUCCACCAUCCUUACAGAUACUAGGGUAAUAAAGAUUGGUGUUGGUGUAUUUAUUAGGGCUGGUCUAUCAAUCAUGCCAAUAAUCAUUCGUCUGCAUUGGUUUCCCUAUUGCCGAUCCCAUGUACUCUCUCAUGCUUUUUGUCUACACCAAGAUGUCAUCAAGCUAGCCUGUGCUGACAUCACAUUCAAUCUUCUCUAUCCAAUUAUUGUUGUAUUUGGUAUGGGACUUUUAGAUUUUCUGAUUAUUUGUUUCUCCUACAUUUUAAUUCUCAAGACUGAGGGAUUGCUUCUACAGAAGCGGAGUAAGGCCCUCAAUACAUGUGUUUCCCAUAUCUGUUGCAUCCUGGUCUUCUAUGUCACUGUGGUUGGUCUGACAUUUAUUCACAGAUUUGGAAAGCACGCUCCUCAUGUGGUCCAUAUCACAAUGAGCUACAUCUGCUUCCUUUUCCCACCUUUUAUGAACCCUGUCAUCUAUAGCAUUAAGACCAAACAGAUUCAGAAUGGUUUGCAUCGCUUAUUCAUCUUGCCUUAUUCCAGAACACGACUUUGA